AUGUCAGGCUACUCUGGCUCUCAAGGCCUCAUAGGAACUGCAAAGGACGAAUUUCGUAAACCGCAGUGGUUUGAAGAAGCUGAAACAGAUGACGAACUCUUUGAUGAUAAUCGCAAAUUCUCUUUUCAAACCUUUACAAAUCCUUUGGAGUUACAAAAGCACUUCGAGCGUCAAAUGCAACAAAUCUUGGAAGCAGUGAGUGAAUUGGAAGAUGACGAUAUUAAGAUUGAUAAAGACUUGAAGGAAGAUUUUUUGAAACCUGGCUUUGAAAACAUAGACAUUUUGAAGGAAUUUGAAAAGACGAAAGGUGAAAUCAUGGACACUGACUUGGAUGGGGAAAUUUAUGCCGAUCAAUUGCAUUCGUUAAUGCAACGCUUGUCCCCCAAUGAGGAUUUGCCGAAUAUCUUACCACGCAAUGACAGCAAGGCUGUUCGCAACCCCUUAGGUAAAAAGAAAUUAAGUGAUGAAGAGAAAAUUUUGGGUAAAAUACAUGGCACUCUGGAUAGUGACGAUGCUCCGAAGCAAUCACGUAUGCCACGUCCACGUCCGGACAUGAUGACACCAAUGACUCCCAUGAUACCACGUAAUCCUACGCCAUUUGGCGGAGGGGUCUUCGAGGGCACGUAUCAGGGGCCGAAAAUGUUCAGCCAGAGCGUCAUGUCGAAGACCAUACGUAAACCGGAUGGUAGCUAUGAGACUAAGAAAAUCAUCAAGGAUUCUCAAGGCAAUACAACAAAAACUAUUACACGUACCAUUGAUGGCAAAACUGAGACAAUUACCACGUACGACAACGCAGCUGGGGCCGGUACCAAUAAGCAAAAGGAGGGCAACAUCGCCAAAAGAGAAGAAUAUUCGAAUCGCAAUAUUUUCGUAACAAAAGAAGGCUACGCCGUACCACGGAACCUCUGGUGACCAGUGGUGCUUAUUGGCCGAAUCCUUGUUGGCAACUUACACGUCUAUAUUCAAAUUCAGAUAUACUAUGUACUAGUAACUAGAUCGUUAAGUGUUUGGUGUUUUAGAUGAAAUUCAUUUGAGACUACAGAUGGCAGAUAGCAUUGCAAGAGCAGCAGCGGCAGCAGCAAAAAAAUGAGAACAGACAACACAGAUGACCGCAGCAUCCACAACAACAAUCGAAAAAGAUACAGAAACAGUAUGGUAAACGUACACAGAUGAAUUGAUGAUCUACAAUUAACCAUCAUUUGAUCUCAAUCUAAUUUGUAAAUGAUUUACAGAGGAUGUGCACAUUUGGAUAUAAUCAUACACGUCCAUAAUUUCAAGUGUACAAUUCUAUACUGGUUCUGUACUAUUUUCAUGGAAUUUAUUUCGUAUAUCUUGAUGUUUUAAUUUGAUUACGGGCAUUUUCAUGGAGCGCAAGCAGAACUGUGUGAUUUAUUUCGGGAACGCACCCCUCUGCGUUAAACCAAAACAAACCUAUUAUUGUGUGAACGACGGCAUAAGCGAAAGAGCAUGGUAAUAGAGAAUUGUUUAUUUGUUGAAACGGUUUACGUUUAACAUAUGUAGACACAACUAUAUCGUCGCCGGGCCAUACAUACAUACAUAUGUGCAAUGACGGUGGGACGAUAAGACGACGGUUGAAGGAGAUGAAUAUUACGCAAAAGUAUUUUUUCUUUGAUUCUUUAGUUAGCACGAGUUAAUUCGUGAUAUGGAUUAAUCUAUGUGUGGCUGCUUUCAAUUAAAGGAUUUGAAUGAUGCCAUGAUAUCCCAGGGGAUGUCGAAUCAAAUGCGACUGGCAUUUGUGAUGCAACCAAUAUGGGAUACAGCAGUACUGAGUUUCAAUGAAAUCCAUCUAAAGUACAAGAACAAAGAAAAUUUUUGAAAACUACAUAUAUACAUGCAUACAUACAUAAAUACAAUUUUAUUAUACAUACUUAUAUCUUAAAUCUAAGUAAAAAUUAAUUUUUUUCAUUAGCGCAUUGACGCCUUUAACAUUUAGUUAUAAACUAUUUUUUGUUUUUGUUUUAUAAUCAAAUUACAUCUUGGCAACCCUUAAGACUUUGAUAUUAUUUGAUCCUAUAUUUAAAUAUUAAUACGUACCUAUGUAUGUAUAAUUUGAAAGCUAUGGACAAAAUUCUUUAACCAAUACGUUUUAUGAAUUUUCUGCCCGUGCACAUUCAAUUGAUUAAAAUUGCUUUUGUGCUGAGAGCUAUAAAGUUUUAGACUUCUAAAUUGAUGUUACCAAUAAAUUAGCUUAGUUAAGGAUUUUUCUUUUUUUUUUAAUUAAAUGUCAUAUGAAUUUAAUU